UAUCAAGUCCUUCCCCUCUAUCACUUCUGGAGGAGAACAUGACUGGAUCCUGGAGAGUAUUUCUGCUCUGUAGUCUCCUGCAAGGGCUCCCUGAUGCACCUCGUUUGACCACCCCCAAGGAGCCGGUGGUGGAGGGGACUCCUGUGGAGCUGGGGUGCUCUGCCCCGUCCUACUGUGACACCCACCCCCCCACUGUGACGUGGACCCCCGCCCUGGGGCUCAGCACCCAGCUCCAGCAGGACGAUACCGUGACCUCCACUCUGACCUUCAACGCCUCCCACCUCCACCAUGGAAACAAUGUCUCCUGCACUGCGGCCUACUACAUACCAUCUGGGAACAAAACUGUGACGUCUACAAGAUACCAACUCAGUAUCUCAUAUGCCCCCAGGAACACCUCUGCUGUCGGCAGCCCGUGUCUUCCAGCCGGAGAGAGAGGCUGCCUCAACCUGACCUGCUCCAGUCAUGCUAACCCUGCUGUCAGCGAGGUCACCUGGUACCGAAUACACGGAGAACACAUCCUUAAGAUCGGGAGUGGAUCUUCUCUGUCCAUCCAGCUGUGGAACGCCAAUAACGUUUUCUUCUGUGAGGUCAGGAAUGACAUUGGCACUGAAAAGUCUGAUGUCUACAAGAUUGACAUUCAAACUCCUCCCAGGAUCCUGCCCUCUUCAGGCUGCAGCAGAAUUGCAGCCUGGGUGCGAUGUUCCUGCUACAGCGUGGGCAGACCAUCACCGUCUCUGGAGUGGCGGUUGGAUGGGAAACUGGUGUUGGGUUCUGAAGACGUGUCUGUUAGCCAGGUCAACCUGGAGAACGCCACGUUGAGGAGCUCCCUCACAAUGAGGGCCCCUGCUGGUCUGACAGCCUUGACCUGCCACAGCUCCAACGCUGCCGGGAACACCAGCCAGGAGCUUCCUGUCCCCCACCUGGAUACACAGCAAUACCUGACAGACGUGGUGCUGUGCAUUGUCAAAUCUGCUGUGAUGUUCGUGGGCUUAGUGUGUGUGGUCGUCUGUAUUAUAAGAACUCGGAAAGUGGGUGAGGAGACGCGGUCCUUUAACGCUGCCACUGUGAAGCGAGCCCCCCCAGACGAGGAGGAGUCCCAGGUCGUCAUCAGAAGUGAGGAGGACGUCUACGUUAACAGCGGGAUGCAGAUGAACCAGGUUGAGCCGAGAGAGGAGGCUAUUUCUGAGAGCCGGUUCCCCAGUCUCAACGCACCGUGAUGCAGCCUCCUCCCACCGGAUAGGCCCUGCAGGCUCCCACCCAGGACGACCGGUCUCUAGGGAGCUCACUGAAGAUACUCAGUAAACAGUUCAUGAUUACUGUAUUUCCUCCUAGUAGAUAUUUUAAAAAGUUUGCAUGUAGCUUUUUUUUAAUAAGUUGAUAACUACCAUCGGUGUCAGUGGCAGCCUGCCCUAUACGCUGAAUAUGCAGUUGUGUUGACCAGCUAAGCCAGUUCACAAAAGUUAAUUAAUUCUCUAAUUCAAGAUCCAUUCGGAAGGGUUAUGUUGCCCUCUUGUGGUGAUUUGCAUUCACAGCCCAGGUAGAGAAGGCCUGUAGUUGUCCAGAGUGAAUUUUAAUGCAAUAUAUACUGUUUCAUACAUUGUGUGCAACAUGACAGCAUAUCUAUUGAAAUUAAUAAAUGUAUUAAUUGCAAUUCUAUCCUUUUGGCAAAUUAAACAUAGAUCACGUAUCUUCUAGGUUUUACAGCAAUGUCUAAUGUUAAUUAAAAUUUGUAACCAUCUCUUUUAAACAAA